AUGGAGAACGUAGGCAGCGCGGGGUGCUCGUUUCAACUAAGUUUCGGCCCGUUCGAGGCUGCAAUCGCGCACGCGUCCCCCUACCAGAAAGGCGGCGCCUUCGGCCAAGCCUCCGUCAGCGUCUUGAACGGGCGACCCGUCGUCAUCAGACGCCUGGACGAUCACCCCAGCACCGCGCGGCCCACUCUAGCCGCUCGGCGCGAGGCAGUGUGGGAAACACUUCACUCAUCUCGGUGCAUCAGCGUCCCUUCCACACAGGCUCCGGACACUGUCCCUCGUCUCGCACCCGGCGUUGUGUCCGAUCCUCUUCUACCAUAUCGACGAUGCCGGGCCUAUAUGCUUCGCGUCCCCGUUUCCGGCCGUGCGGCACUACGGCGAAACUUUUCACGACGGCGAGUUCGUGGGCACGCUCGAGAAUGCGCUGCUCAUGCACCCGGAAAUGUCGCCAAGCCAACGGUUAAAAUUCGCUGCCGACGUGGCGGCUGGCUUGGAUCAUCUGCGCGCGUGCGACAUCGUCCAUGGCGCCGUGUGCCCCGCCGCCAUCUCGGUGCGCUGCGUCCCGGGCCGUAUUCAAGAUCUCACGACUAUAUUAUCCUCGGGGCCUGGUUUCCUCGCGGUCCUUCAUCUCGACGAUCUUACUGGUUGCGUCUUCGCUCCGGAAGCCGCGACGGGCACGAAGGGCGAGGACACUGACGCCUGGAUCGCCGUGGUCGCGAACUUAUUGACGGGCGAGCACGCAAGGUUGGAUCCAACGAACCUCGUCGAGCGGUUCGGCACUGAGAUUGGCACUAACCCGCUGGCAGUUGCUUGUGAGGCGUUCCGCCACACCGACUGCGAGGCGGCCAACUUUGUACAUGAUGAAGUAGCAAAGCUUUUUGGAACCUUCAUUAGCAUGAUCGGGCCCGACGGCCCCACCAACCGCGGGGCUGACGGCCAUUUUAUUACCCCGCUGAUUAGAUGUUUUACCCCGAUAAUUGCGCUACAGGACACCACAGAGCCUGCUCCAAUCGACAACGCGCCGUCGACCCCAACCCGCGCGACGACUCUCGUCCGGGCCCUCCAGUCGCCGGCCGCCGCCGUGAACUUGUGCACUAUUUGCAUGGAUUGUGCUCCGAACGCGCGGCUCCACCCUUGCAACCACACGUCAAUCUGCGUCGAUUGCGCUAUCCGCCUGACCGAACGAGCGCAAUCGGGGCCGGCUCUUUGUCCGAUCUGUUCGCAUCGGUGUCGGGUCCAACGCGGUCGACGCCACCAGCUCACCGCCCUUCGCGCAGGUCGCCAGCCCUUCAGGGUUUUCGAGAAGAUUUCCGGAAAGGACGCGAUUUACGAAGCUCCGGAGGCCAUAUCGAUCGGAGGGAACAACAUGGGUGCGGUGCGUUCGCCGGCGUUGAUCUCGACCAUGUGCAGUUUGGCUGUAUCCGCUCCGUAGGUCUACAGCAUCAUUGUCCCGCCCGAAGGCUGCAUUGGCGAUAUCAUCACGUCGCAUGAGGGCAUUACUAAGAGAUGGGACAUCGAUCGUCGCGAAUGCCUGAAGACUUCGACGGGUCAUGUACAGUCAGACGUCGGUUCUGCGGCGUCUCGUGGCGAUCUGGCCCGCGGCCUUUAGAAUUUUUGCACACAGGUUCUUGGCACCUAUGUACCGAGGGGCAUCGUUACGAUAGAACGUGACAGCGGGGACAUGCACGUUCUGCAAGCGAGGGGUCAUCGAGAGUACCACGUCGAUUCCGCGGCGUCUCUCGCGAGCGACCUGCCCCGCGGCACAACGUUCCCCUCGCAGGAAGUCUGGAACUGUCAUGAGUUGAACGGCUUAAUUGCUGACGGCAACGGGCCCAUUCCUGAGUGGAACUCAAAUUUCGGGCGCCCACGCUAUCGACGCGACGUGCUUCCGUAGCUGCGUCUGCGCGAUGGCGUGGCGAUUCCACGCCAUCGACGCGGCGUUGUCCCCGUGGCCGCGUCGGCUCGUAACCUAAAUCGCUGGUUGAUUUCCGCACAGGUCCCCUUAUGUGAAUUAUUGGGGCUACAAGCACGGCGAACUCGUAUUCGUGGGGCGGCCGUUUACGUGGACCCAGAACUGCGUGCGGCGCGGAGCCUCUUUUGAAAUUGCUAUCUCACCGUACGUACGCCAACUUGAUAGGUCACGUGCGUGGGGGCCAAGGCCGACGGCACGCUCGUCACAGGACAUUCGAGUGGUGAGAUCCAAUAUUGGGGUCCACACGCGUCUGAGUCGUCUCUCAAUCCUCACUCGCGCUAUUACAAGUGCAUAGAGGCGCACGAGGAGAAGGUUACGUGCAUCGCCUUUACUCGCGAGUCUGAGCUGAUCAUCUCUGGCGGCGGGGACCGCUUGGUUAAAGUGUGGAACAGUACCGCCACGGAAGUCAUUUCUGAGUUUGAGCACCAGAGCUCGAUCACGCACGCGCUAAGUCUAACUGGAAAACGCAUCGCCUCGACGUGCAUGGCCAACUACAAAAUCAUUGUGUCGAAGGAUGAUUCCGGGGACCGCAUUCAUACGCUGGAAGGACACUCUGGCUGGAUCACGUGCUUGUCGGACUUGCCGCACGAGAAGCUGACCCUGCUCGCUUCCGGCUCGAAAGACCGGUCGAUUAGAGUGUGGGACGUCACGGCGGGUAGUACUGUGAUGGUGUUGGACGAACACAAGUAUCCCAUCAAUUGCAUGGCUGUUUUGUCAGACGGCCGCCUCAUCUCGGGCAGCGGGCAUUGGUUGAGCCCGGGCGAAAUUAAAGUCUGGCAGAAGCCCGCCUUGAUUUCCGACUCCACGACGGCGGAGCCCGCCGUCAACGGCGACGCCCAAGACGCGGCCUGA